UAGAGGAUGAAAAAAUGUGUCGAACUACGGUACUACUUUUCAUAUUGGAGGGAUGGUAGAUUUACUAUCUUAUGCGACGGUAUCCUUUAGAAGAAAAAGAAGAAAAAAUAUCUACUGUUUAACAAUAUACAUUUUCGAAUAGAGAAAUAAGCUAAUCAUUGGUUAUGAAAAAUAAACUAAUCUAAGAUUUGUUUUCAAUAAAAAUAACGAAAAUUUAUGAAAUUUCUUUAGAUUAUUUUGAACAUGAUGAACAUUUAAAUGAUCAAAUAAUUGGUGUUCGUUUAAUAAAUUUAACAAAAAUUUUUGAUAAAAAAAAUUUGCUGUACAAAAUUUAUCAUUAGAUUUAUAUGAAGGUGAAAUACUUUCAUUUCUUGGACAUAAUGGAGCUGGAAAAACAACAACAAUGUCAAUUUUAACUGGUCUAAUUCCAGCUACAUCUGGAACUGCAAUAAUUUAUGAUCAAGAUAUAAAUAUUGAUAUAGAUAAAAUACGAAAAAAUCUUGGAUGGUGUCCUCAACAUAAUGUUUUACUUGAAGCAUUAACAGUUGAAGAACAUUUAUUAUUUUUUUCAAAAUUAAAACAAGUUCAAAGUAAAGAAAUGAAAAAAAUGAUUGAAAAUAUGUUAUUUGAUGUUGGUUUAACAUCAAAACGUAAUGCAAUAGUUUCAACAUUAUCCGAUGGAAUGAAAAGAAAAUUAUCUGUUGCAAUGGCUUUUGUUGGUGAUGCAAAAACAAUCAUUCUUGAUGAACCAACAGCUGGUGUUGAUCCAUAUGCACGACGUGCUAUAUGGGAAGUAUUAUUGAAAUUAAAACGAGGACGAACUAUAUUGUUAAGUACUCAUCAUAUGGAUGAAGCUAAUGUUCUUGGAGAUAGAAUUGCUACUAUUUCAAAUGGACAAUUAAAAUUUUGUGGAACAUCACUUUUUCUUAAAACAACAUUUGGUGAAGGUUAUAUUUUAACAUUAAUUAAAAAAGAUCCAUGGAUGGCUUCAAAGAAUGAUGUUACAUCGACUAUAACACAAUAUAAACCACAAGCAUAUCUGAAAGAAGAAACAAGAAAGGAACUUCAAUAUAUUUUAUCAUUAAAAGGUCGUCAUUUAUUUCCGAAAUUUUUUUCUAUACUUGAUUCACGAAAAGAAUUAUUAUCAAUAAUUGGUUAUGGUUUACAAGAUGUUUCAUUGGAAGAAGUUUUUCUUAAAGUUACAGAACAAUAUAAAAAAUCACCUAAUGCAACUGAAAUUGAAAUUGAAUUUAAUUCUAAUAAUUUAAGACAAGAAAAUACUACAAAAACAUCAUCAACAUUCGAUUCAUCAAUACCAAAAUUGAAUAUUAAUCAAGAUCGUGUAACUGGAAUACAUCUUUAUGCAAAACAAGCAUUAUCAAUAAUAAUAAAACGUUUUAUAUUUAAUUAUCGUAAUAUGCUUGGUUUAGUAACACAAAUUUUAUUACCUUCAUUUUUUAUAACUGUUGCAAUGACUGUUGCAUUAACUGCACCUGGUUUUGCUGAUCCACCUGCAAUAUUAUUAUCAACAUCAAUGUUUUCACAUUUAAAUUAUCUAUAUACUCCUAUAUCUGGUUUAAAUAAUUAUAAAUUAAGAAAUAUUUCUCAAAUUUCAAUUUUUAAUGCAAAUCCAUAUGAUUUAUCUAAAACAAUUCAUUAUCCAUCAGGUAUUGGUUCAACAUGUUUACUUAAUAAUCCAUAUAUGAAUGAAACAACAUUAAAGUUAGAAAAUUUCAAUGGUUCAUCAUGUGAAAAAGUUUAUCAUAAUGAUUUUACAUCUUAUUCAGAAAAUGAUAUUAAUUGGUCAAAAAUGUUAGAAAAUAAUCAAACAUAUUUUAAUCAAAGUUAUCAAUCAAUUGCAACUUUAUCAGAUACAUAUUAUAGUCCUUGUCAAUGUUCAACAAGUCAAUCAAGAUUUAUAUGUUCAUCAUUUCUUAAGCCAGAAUCACAUCGUUUAAUAACAAAUGAUAGAAUAUUAUAUAUAACACAAGAACAAAAUGAAAUUCUUUAUUAUUUAUAUACAGCAGAUUAUCAUCGUUUAGAUCGUUAUGGAGGUUUAUCUUUUGGUUUAGUACAAGAUUAUAUUCCUAAUGAUUAUCCAAUUAAUAAAGUUAAUCAAAUUUUACAUAAAUUAGCUGUAAAAAAUAUUGCAAGAAUAUUUACUAAUCAUAAAGGUUAUCACAGUUUACCAUUAUAUAUUAAUAUUAUGUCAAAUACCAUUCUUCGAGCUAAUUUACCUUUUGAAAAAGGUCUUCCUUCUGCUUAUGGAAUUACGACAUUUAAUCAUCCAAUGAAUGAAACAAAUAAUAUGUUAUCAACAGAAUAUAUUUUACAAGGAACUGAUGUUGUUAUUUCAAUUUUUAUUAUUGCAGCAAUGUCAUUUGUUCCAGCAUCAUUUACAUUAUUUCUUGUCUAUGAACGUGCAACAAAAUCUAAACAUAUUCAAUACAUAAAUGGUCUUUUUCCAUUAGUUUAUUGGUCAACAAAUUUUAUUUGGGAUCUUUUAAAUUAUCUAUUACCUGCUACUUGUGCCAUAGUUAUUUUACGUUUAUUUAAUGUACCUGCUUAUGUUGAAGGAGAAAAUUUUCUUGCUGUUAUUAGUUUAUUUCUUAUGUAUGGUUGGUCAAUUAUACCUGUGAUGUAUCCGUUUAGUUUUCGAUUUAGUGAACCAAGCAAUGCUUAUAUAUUUUUAAUUGUUAUUAAUUUAUUUAGUGGUAUUACAUGUAUAUGUACAUCUUUUUUUCUUGAAAUAUUUAUACUUGGUAAUCCAUCUACAUCAACAUUAAGUAUUAUUACAAAUACAAUGAAAAAAAUCUUUAAAAUUUUUCCCAAUUAUUGUUUGGGAAGAGGUUUAAUUGAUAUUGGUUAUAAUGAUUAUCAUAAUUCAUUUUAUAAAAAAACUGGUUUAAAUGGUCGUAUUCAUACACCAUUUAUUUGGGAUAUAACAAUAUCAAAUUUAGUUUCAAUGGCAAUAUGUGGUUUUGUAUUUUGGAUAUUAACAUUAUUACUUGAAUAUAGAUCUUUUCAUUCUUCAAUAAUUCCCAAUGCGUUACCAUUUUCACAUUUAGAUGAAGAUGAAGAUGUUGCACAAAUUCGUCGACAAAUAUUAAAUAAAACAAUUGAUGAUAAUAUAUUAAUUAUGUCAAAUUUAUCAAAAUGUUAUCAUACAAAAAAACAUAAAAAAUGA